AUGGCUACCUACGUGCAGCUAAACACCACUGCCAAAAUGCCCUUCGUGGGGCUGGGCACAUGGAAGUCCCCCCCAGGUAAGGUGACAGCUGCGGUGAUGGCUGCCAUCGAUGCCGGGUACCGCCACUUCGACUGUGCCUAUGUGUACCAGAAUGAGAAGGAAGUCGGGGAAAGGAUCCAGCAUAAAAUCAAGGAAGGUGCUGUGAAGCGAAAGGACCUUUUCGUGGUCAGUGAGCUGUGGUGCACCUUCCAUGAGAAGCCUCUGGUGAAGGGAGCCUGCCAGAAGACUCUUGCAGACCUGAAGCUGGAUUACCUGGAUCUCUACCUUGUCCACUGGCCUUUUGGUUUCAAGGCAGGGGAGGACCUGUUCCCUGUGGAUAACAAAGGCAUGGCUAUCCCCAGCAACACAGAUAUUCUACAGACAUGGGAGGCCAUGGAAGAGCUGAUGGAUGCUGGCCUGGUAAAAGCCAUUGGUGUCUCCAACUUCAACCAUGAGUAGAUUGGGAGAAUCUAGAACAAGCCAGGACUGAAGCAUAAGCCUGUAAAUAAUCAGAUUGAGUGUCAUCCAUACCUUCCCCAGGAGAAGCUGAUUGACUACUGCCACUCCAAAGGGAUCACUGUGACAGCAUACUGUCCCCUUGGACGUCCUGAUGGGUAAUAUUCUAAGCCAAAGGCACCUUCCCUUCUGGAUGACUCCAGGAUCAAGGAGAUUGCAGCCAAGCACAACAAAACCCCAGCACAGGUUCUCCUUCGCUUCCAGAUCCAGAGAAAUGUGAUUGUGAUUCCCAAAUCUGUCACCCCACAGUGCAUUGUGGAGAACUUCCAGGUGUUCGACUUUCAACUGACUAAAGAGGAGAUGGCAACUAUUCUGACCUUCAAAAGAAGCUGGAGGAUCUGUGAAAUGGUCACGUGUAAAAUUCACAAGGAAUACCCUUUCAAUGCAGAAUACUGA